AACCAAUGUUCUCUCUUUGUAUGGUCUCCUCCUUAUCUAUUCUUCUUCAGUCACUGAUAUCAGUUCAUUAAUCACAAUUCUCCAUUUCCAAAACCCUAAAUUUCCGCCAUGGAAGCUUCUUGUUCCUUACAAGUAUACUACCAAGUCUCUUCACUUUCUCCAAUUCCAUCUUCAUCACGCUUUCUUACUUCCCUUUCUCGAAUUUCGAUUAACUCUCCAAAAUUCAAUUUGACUUCUUCAUUCAAGAAUCGAUGUUCAGUUUCGCGCAGUCCUGACAUUUUGGUUGCUGAAUCUUCUGAAGAAAAUGGGAGUGUUUCGGAGGAGAGAGAAAUUGAUUUGAAAUCUUGGAUGCAUGCUAAUGGUUUACCUCCUUGUAAAGUUAUUCUUAAAGAAAGGCCUUCGCAUAAUUUUAGUCAUAAGCCUAUUCAUUAUGUUGCCGCUAGUGAGGAUCUUCAGGCUGGUGAUGUUGCAUUUUCGGUUCCUAAUUCAUUGGUUGUCACACUCGAGAAGGUUUUGGGUAACGAGACUGUAGCGGAGCUUUUGGCAUCGAACAAAUUAUCAGAGUUGGCUUGUUUGGCUUUAUAUUUGAUGUAUGAAAAAAAGCAGGGAAAAAAAUCUUUUUGGUAUCCAUAUAUCAAAGAGCUUGAUCGGCAAAGAGGUAGGGGACAACUUGCCGUGGAGUCUCCUCUUUUGUGGUCAGAGAAUGAACUCUCCUAUCUUGCUGGAAGCCCUGUUCUGGCUGAUAUUGAGCAAAGGGCUGAAGGAAUCAGAAAAGAGUAUGGUGAGCUCGACACAGUGUGGUUUAUGGCUGGAUCCCUUUUUCAGCAAUAUCCAUAUGAUAUUCCCACUGAAGCAUUUCCUUUUGAGAUCUUCAAGCAAGCUUUUGUUGCUGUUCAGUCCUGUGUGGUGCAUUUACAGGGAGUGAGCUUAGCGCGCAGAUUUGCUUUGGUACCCUUAGGUCCCCCGUUGCUAGCUUAUAAGAGUACUUGCAAGGCAAUGUUAACUGCUGUAGAUGAUGCUGUGCAAUUUGUGGUUGAUCGGCCAUACAAGGCUGGAGAACCAAUUGUGGUCUGGUGUGGGCCACAACCAAAUUCAAAGCUACUCAUAAAUUAUGGUUUUGUCGACGAGGAUAAUCCUUAUGACCGUAUUGUAGUUGAGGCUGCUCUCAACACAGAUGAUCCACAGUAUCAGGAGAAGAGGAUGGUUGCCCAACGUAAUGGAAAACUGUCUCAGCAAACUUUUCAAGUGCGUGUGGGAAAAGAAAAAGAAGCAGUGGCGGAAAUGCUUCCGUAUUUGCGACUUGGUUAUGUUUCAGAUCCUGCUGAUAUGCACUCCGUUAUUACUUCACAAGGUCCUGUCUGUCCUGUGAGUUCGUGCACCGAAAGAGCUGUUUUGGAUCAGCUUUUGGAUUAUUUCAAGGAAAGACUUUCCUAUUACCCUACUACAUUAGUCGAGGACAAUUAUUUGUUGGCAGAUCAAGAUCUGAGUCCCAGAAAACGAGUUGCUACUCAGCUUGUUAGGAUGGAAAAGAAAAUACUGCAAACAUGCUUGCAAGCGACUGUGGACCUAAUAGACCAGUUGCCUGAUCACAUUGUCUCUCCAUGCCCCGCUCCAUAUGCCCCUUCUUUAAAGUGAAAGGAUCAUGCGCCAUCUAGAAGAUUUCUUUGGUGGGUAUGAGAGACAGAGUUUCCUUGUACAUGGUGGUGUCGAUCAAUGGAAACAAAUGUCAGGUGCAGGUGGAUCGAAGAUCAAGUAUCGUAGGUAUUACAUAAAGAUCGAGAGUAAAUAUGCAUCCAAGUGAAGUGGAUGUUGUGAAGUCUCAAGAAAUCUCUUCCAAGUUAGGGUUUGCUUCAUUUCUGUUUUUCAGCACAUAUCAUGUAGCAUACUGCUGAUAUUGAGGACAUAAUGAUUUAUGGGUAUUUCUUUCCUUGUUUCCUGGUGUUCAUAGAUUUCACAGGGUCCCUUUAGAAAGAGGGUAUUUUCAGUUUGUCAAAUUAAAAAUAAAUGUAUUUUUGACUUUUUUGUUGUUUAAUUUGUCUUUAAAGUUGGUUGAAAUUAAACUUUUUGUAGGUACAAAAAGAAAGUUGCGAAUAUUUAAUAUUCAAAAUAUGAGUUGGUUCAA